UUGGGGAAGGAGCUCGGAUUUCGGGCUGGGAGAAGAUGGUGUUCAAAUCUAGAAUAAAAUGGAUUGCGCUCCUUGUGAUGAUCUUAUCAGUGGGAUCUCUGGUUGUUCAUCUCUCCAUCACAAAGUCUACGGGUGUACAGUUGGCGUAUAAUGCAAGAGAUACCCUUUGGCAAGACUUUGAUUCUCUGUUAGGGGCACAGGAUUUUAGAAAUAAGCACUUAUGGCGGCCUGUCAAAUCGUUGGAGACCUUGCAGCCCUAUGCCAAUCCAAGAAAUAGUUAUCAUGCGCCCAGUUCAAAAAACAAUGGCUUCAUUUAUGCAAAGAUAUUUGGUGGAUUUGACAACAUAAGAUCUUCUAUAUGUGAUCUUGUCACCAUAUCCAGGCUUCUAAAUGCUACUCUCGUCAUUCCAGAGCUUCAAGAAAGUCUUCGCUCAAAAGGCAUUAGCAACAAGUUCAAGAGUUUCUCCUAUCUUUAUGACGAAGAGCAGUUUAUAUCCUUUCUUAAAAAUGAUGUUAUCAUUGCGAAGGCACUCCCUGAGAGCUUGAAAGCCGCAAGAAAACGGAAUGAGUUCCCUCUUUUUAAGCCCAAAAACUCUGCAUCGCCGAAAUUUUACCUCGAGGAUGUAUUGCCAAAGUUAAAGAAAGCUAAUGUUAUUGGAUUGAUCGUCUCUGAUGGGGGAUGCUUGCAGUCAACUUUGCCAGCUUCAAUGCCUGAACUUCAAAGACUGAGGUGUAGAGUUGCCUUCCAUGCCCUACAGCUUCGUUCAGAAAUCCAGGUGCUGGGCAAGAAGAUGGUUGACAGGUUACGUAAAUCAGGUCAACCCUUCCUAGCUUAUCAUCCUGGCUUAGUGAGGGACAAAUUGGCAUAUCAUGGUUGUGCUGAGCUUUUUCAGGACGUUCACAGUGAACUCAUCCAGUAUCGGCGGGCUCAGAUGAUCAAGCAGAGGUUUAUUUCAGAAGAACGUACUGUAGACUCGCACUUGCGUAGGGACCAUGGCUUAUGUCCUCUCAUGCCUGAAGAGGUCGGAAUUCUUCUGAAAGCAUUGGGUUAUUCUCAAAAAGCGAUUAUCUACUUAGCUGGUUCCGAAAUGUUUGGCGGCCAACGUGUUUUGAUCCCUCUACGGGCCAUGUUCCCUAAUUUAGUGGACCGAACUUCUUUAUGCAGCACGGAGGAAUUAUCGGAAUUGGUUGGUCCUGAGACACCUCUUCCAGAAAAUACAUUUGAAAUGCCUCCUCGAAAAAGCGAUAAGCAGCUCAAAGAAGAGUGGAACAAGGCAGGUCCUCGGCCUAGACCUCUCCCUCCUCCUCCAGACAGACCUAUCUACCAGCACGAAAAAGAAGGGUGGUAUGGUUGGAUUACAAAUAAUGAUACAGAACCAACCCCUUCACCUAUGGAUCUUAGGAAUCAAGCACACAGGUUGCUGUGGGAUGCUCUUGAUUAUGUCGUAUCUGUAGAAGCUGAUGUAUUUUUCCCUGGUUUCAACAACGAUGGUAGUGGGUUGCCAGAUUUUUCAAGUUUGGUAAUGGGUCAGAGGCUCUAUGAAAGACCCUCGUCAAGAACAUAUAGACUGGACAGGAAAGUUAUUCAAGAGCUUUUCAACAUCACCCGUGAGGACAUGUACCAUCCCAACCGUAACUGGACACUUCGUGUGAGGAAACAUCUUAACUCAAGUCUGGGUGAAAGUGGGCUUAUCAGGCAGUCUAUGCUGUCAAAACCCAGGGUGUUUCUUUCGCAUCCACUUCCUGAAUGCUCAUGCAGAACAUCGGCCCUUGAAGAUUCCAGACAAAUACGAAGUGAUGAUGGCAGAUUUCUCUAUGGAGGCGAGGAUGAAUGCCCUAAAUGGAUAAAAUCAGCUGGUGUUGAAAAGAGUAAAACUGAUGAUAGUGAUCAGACUGAUUAUGAACAUGACCUUCUCGCUGAACAAUCAGAAACUGAAGAAGAGUUUGCAAAAAGUAAGGUGGCAUCAGCUUUUGACCAGGAUGAAGAAUGGGAUCCUAAUGAC